GGGGCUGCAGCCUCGACCAAGCUACGAUGACGGGGAAGGUUCCCUCGUUCUCCCCCGGCUCCACAGUGAGCUCCGCUCUGCCGGGCUACGUCGCUCUCUGCCUCGCUCUACAGGUUCACCGGCUGGCAUCAGCACAGUUCACAGUGACAGGACCUGACCAUCCGAUCACUGCCUCCCUAGGCGGGGAGGCCGUCAUGCCCUGCCACCUCUCCCCCAGGAUGAGCGCUGAGGACAUGGAGCUGAGGUGGUUCCGAUCCCAGUUCUCUGCAGUUGUGCACCGGUAUAAGGAUGGACGGGAUCAGUAUGGAGAGCAGAUGCUGGGAUAUCAGGGAAGGACAGAGCUGCUGAAAGACAAUAUCACCAGUGGGAGUGUUUCCCUAAGAAUACGCAAUGUCCAACUUUCUGACCAUGGACAGUACACGUGUUUCUUUCAAACCAGUGUCUCAUAUGAAGAAGCCUUACUGGAACUGCAGGUGGCAGUUUCAGGCUCUGACCCCCAAAUCUCUGUUGAUGGUUACCAUGAUGGAACAAUCUGGAUUGUGUGUCGAUCAGCAGGCUGGCACCCAGAGCCCAAGGCUCAGUGGAGAGAUCACAGUGGGCAGCUGCUACCAUCUGCUUCUGAAAAAAUAUUCAAGGAUGCCAAUGGCCUGUUUCAAAGCCAGAUUUCUAUUUUUAUAACAGAACAUUCCAACCAGGACUUGUCCUGUUCUGUCAGGAACCUGCCUCUUAACCAAGAGAAAUUAUCAACAGCUUCCAUAGCAGAGCUGUUUUUCCCAAGAGUCAAUCCCUGGAUGGUGGCUCUGGGGGUGAUCCUGGCUCUCCUGGCUGUUCUCAUUGUCCUGGCCACUUACUGCUUCUGGAAGCAACACAGAGCGAAAGAGACACUGCAGGGUGAACUCAAGUGGAGAAGAGACGUACUAAAUGCAGGUUGGGAGAAAGCCCGACAAUAUGCAGUGGAUGUGACUCUGGAUCCAGACACGGCUCAUCCCAAACUCGUCCUCUCUGAGGAUCGGAAACAUGUGAAACGCGGAGACACACGCCAGGAUCUGCCUGACAAUCCUGAGAGAUUUCAUCAUUGUUCGUGUGUCCUGGGAGCGGAAAGGUUCAUGGGCGGGAGGUGUUACUGGGAGGUGGAGGUGGGAGACAAGACAAGAUGGACUCUGGGGGUUUGUAGGGAAUCUGUGAGCAGGAAGGGGAAGGUCACAUACACACCUGAGGAUGGAUACUGGGCUGUGCGGCAGAGGGAUGGGGAAUACAAGGCCCUCCCCGUCCCUUGGAUCCCCCUCCCCGUGAGUAUAAGGCCAAGACGGGUGGGGAUUUUCCUGGACUAUGACGCAGGCGAGGUCUCAUUUUACAAUGUGACUGACGGGUCCCAUCUCUUCACUUUCACUGGCACCUUUUCCGGGACGCUCCGCCCUUAUUUCAAUCCUGGUCUCAACGCUGGAGGUAAAAACGCAGCUCCCCUGAUUAUCUGCCCGGUCCCAGCUCAGGCCGGAGGGAAUCUUGGUCCCUGACAGUGAUACCAACAGCACAGACUGUCCCCUCCCAGUGCUGCUGCUCUCCCCAACCCCAGCAAUAGAGGCCAGUUACUGCAGGGAACUGGACUUUUUGUGCUGACCGGAUGCUGCCAGUUUCCCUUUUCAACUGGAGGUUCCAGUCGAAAACCGGACACCUGGCAACCCCCAGCCCUCACCUUGCCCCGUCCCCUGCCCCAGGGGUAGCAGAUGGUGGUGGAUGGGGGUCAUUCACUCCUGUCAGAAUUUUCCACCCCUGUGAAAUCUCAGUGUAAAAUAUGAAAGAAAAAAGAUUAUUCUAAUUUAGAAAAUUUUAUAACAAGGUAUAAAUAAAAGAAUAUUUUCAUUUACAUUUCAAAGGUAUUUCAAAAGCAAGCAUCUAAACAUAUUUUUAGAAAUGGAAUUAUUUACAUUUAUUUUUUGAUUCUUCCCUCAAAUCUAUAUUGAAGUUUAACUUCUCUAACUAACGUCAUUUGUAUUUCAACUGUGGAAUUUCAAGAAAUCCAAAAUAUGUAUCUGUCAUAAAUAUAAAGGGGGAAUGGUAACAACUUUUAUGUAUGCAGUAAUAUAAAAUCCCUCCUGGCCAGAGGUACAGAAUCAUUUACCUGUGGGGGGUUAAGAAGCUCAAAUAACCUAGUUGCCACCUGACCAGAAGGACCAAUGGGGAAAGAAGAUACUUUCAAAUCGGGGGGCGGAAGGUUUUGUUGUGCUCUUUGUUGGUUGUUCUCUCUCAGACAGAGAGGGACGAGGGCAUGAAAAUCCAUCUCCUAAAGACAUUCCUGAAACGAGCCUCUAAGAUUACAAAAAUUGUAAGUAAAGCAAGGAAAGGCGUUAGAUUAUCUUUUGUUUUAGCUUGUGAAUUUUCCCUAUGCUAAGAGGGAGUUUUAUUCCUGUUUUUUGUAACUUUGAAGCUAAGCCUACAGGGGAAUUCUCUGUGUUUUAAAUCUUUUUAUUUACCCUGUAAAGUUACCUUCCAUCCUGAUUUUGCAGGUGUGAUUAUUUUACUUUGUUUUUUAAAUAAAAAUCUUCUUUUAAGAACCUGAUUGAUUUUCAGUGUCCUAAAAGCCCAAGGGUUUGGCUUGGGCUCACAUUGUACCAAUUGGUGAGGAUAUUAUUCUCAAGCCUCCCCAGGAAAGGGGGUGAAGGGACUUGGGAUAUUUUGGGGAAAUACGAACACCAAGUGGCCCUUUUCCUAAAUCUUUGUCUAAAUCACUUGGUGGUGGCAGCAAUACAGUCCAAGGACAAGGAAAGGAAUUUGUGCCUUGGGGAAGUU